GUUUGUCUUUCAUUGAAAUUUGUUAGAAAGCUUCCAAAUUUCUGAGUGACUAGAGAUUUAUUUCUCCUUGUUUAUCUUAUUUCCAAGUUCUUUGUCAACCAUCUGCCAUGGCACCUCCAAAUGACCCAGCUGCCUUAAACGCUUCUGUUCUGAAAUCUGAUGGUUUGGAAAAUCUUAUUGAUUUUUCAGAUGGGAAGAUCAGUGUUAAAGGAGUUCCAGUGCUGUCCGAAGUCCCAACCAAUGUCUUUUUCAGUCCUUUCUCUUCGAUAAGCCAAUCCUCUGAUGCACCACUUCCUUUGCUCCAACGUGUGCAUAGUCUGUCCUAUAAGGGCGGAUUUCUUGGUUUCGACCAAACACAGCCUUCUGAUAGGCUGACGAAUUCUUUGGGAAAAUUCAAGGGUAGGGAGUUUGUGAGUGUUUUCAGGUUCAAAACAUGGUGGUCGACCAUGUGGGUUGGGAAUUCUGGGUCGGAUUUACAAAUGGAAACUCAAUGGGUCAUGCUAAAUAUCCCUGAAAUAAAGUCAUAUGUCGUUAUCAUUCCCAUUAUUGAAGGAAGUUUCAGGUCUGCCAUGCAUCCUGGGACUGAUGGGCAAGUCUUGAUUUGUGCUGAAAGUGGCUCAACUCAUGUGAAAACAUCGAGUUUUGAUGCCAUAGCCUACGUUCAUGUGUCUGAUAACCCCUACAGGUUAAUGAAAGAGGCCUAUGCUGCUGUUAGAGUCCAUUUGAAUACUUUUAGACUCUUGGAAGAGAAGCCUGUCACACAUCUGGUGGACAAAUUCGGUUGGUGCACCUGGGAUGCUUUUUACUUAACAGUAGACCCUGUUGGAAUUUGGAAUGGGGUUAGUGAUUUUGUUGAAGGUGGUAUCUCGCCAAGGUUUCUCAUCAUUGAUGAUGGAUGGCAAAGUAUCAAUUUGGAUGGUGAAGACCCGACUCGUGAUGCAAAAAAUCUUGUUCUGGGUGGAACUCAAAUGACUGCUAGGCUCUAUAGAUUUGAUGAGUGUGAAAAGUUCAGAAAGUACAAAGGUGGAUCUUUGACGGGUCCAAAUGCUCCGUCGUUUGAUCCAAAAAAGCCAAAGUUGUUGAUCGCGAAGGCAAUCGAGAUUGAGCAUGCUGAGAAAGAAAGAGACAAGGCCAUUGGCUCAGGAGUCACUAAUGUCUCUAAGUUUGAGACCAAAAUUCAGAAGCUAAAGGAAGAGUUGCAUGGGAUUUUUGGGAAAGAAGAAGAAGAAGAAAGUAGUGCCAUAAACAAAGGUUGUACAAGCUGUUCUUGCAAGGCAGAUAACUCUGGAAUGAAGGCCUUCACUAGGGACUUAAGAACAAAAUUCAAAGGUUUGGACGAUAUCUUCGUUUGGCAUGCUCUGGCUGGUGCUUGGGGUGGUGUAAGGCCUGGUGCUACCCAUCUGAAUUCCAAGAUAGUUCCCUGCAAGCUCUCUCCUGGGCUCGAUGGCACAAUGACUGAUCUUGCUGUUGUGAAGAUCAUCGAAGGAAGCAUUGGACUCGUUCAUCCUGAUCAAGCUGACGACUUCUUCGAUUCCAUGCAUUCUUAUCUUUCUAAAGUUGGGAUUACAGGAGUGAAAGUUGAUGUGAUGCACACUCUAGAAUAUGUCUCAGAAGAAUAUGGAGGAAGAGUUGAUCUUGCAAAAGCCUAUUAUAAGGGUCUGACCAACUCUCUUCUUAAGAACUUCAAAGGGACUGGCCUUUUCUCUAGUAUGCAACAAUGCAAUGAUUUCUUCUACCUUGGCACAAAGCAAAACUCCAUAGGAAGAGUUGGCGAUGAUUUUUGGUUUCAAGAUCCAAAUGGUGAUCCCAUGGGUGUUUACUGGUUACAAGGUGUCCAUAUGAUCCACUGUGCAUACAACAGCAUGUGGAUGGGGCAAAUCAUACAGCCUGAUUGGGACAUGUUCCAAUCAGACCAUCUAUGUGCAAAAUUCCAUGCAGGAUCAAGAGCCAUCUGUGGAGGUCCUGUGUAUGUGAGUGAUUCAGUGGGCGGCCACAAUUUUGAUCUCAUAAAGCAGCUCGUGUAUCCUGAUGGAACUAUUCCUAGAUGCCAACAUUUUGCCCUCCCCACUAGAGACUGCCUCUUCAAGAACCCAUUAUUUGACAACAAAACUGUUCUAAAGAUCUGGAACCUUAACAAGUAUGGAGGUGUAAUUGGGACUUUCAACUGCCAAGGAGCAGGGUGGGACCCAAAAGAACAAAGAAUCAAGGGACAUCCCGAAUGCUACAAACCAAUGUCCACAACAGUGCACGUCAAUGAUAUAGAAUGGGACCAAAAACCAGAAGCAGCCCCAAUGGGGAAUUUCGUCGAAUACAUUGUGUACCUGAACCAAGCUGAACAAAUUCUCCACACGACCCCAAAAUCCGAACCGCUAAAAGCGACCAUUCAACCAUCUACAUUCGAACUCUUCAACUUCAUACCGCUAAGAAAGCUAGGUUCCAACAUCAAAUUCGCUCCCAUUGGCCUGACGAACAUGUUCAACUGUUCAGGAACCAUUCAGCAUUUGAAGUAUAACGAAAAUGGAGUAGAAUUGAAAGUGAAAGGAGGAGGAAAUUUCUUGGCUUACUCAAGUGGGUCACCGAAGAAAUGCGUCUCCAAUGGAAUUGAAGUGGAAUUUGAAUGGAAAUCCGAUGGAAAGCUGAGUUUUGAUCUUCAUUGGAUUGAAGAAGCUGGUGGAGUUUCUAAUUUGGAUAUUUUCUUUUGAGAGAGAGAGAGAGAGAGAAAAAAAAAUGAAUAUCUAAGUUGAAAUUUUAUUUAAUUUCAUGCAUUUUGUUGUGUUGUGUUAAGUGACAUGUGUGCUAAGGAAUAGCCAUGUCAAUUAAAUAAAAAGCUUUUAUCAUUAUUA